AAAGAAGGAACAUAUAAAACACGUUGAUGUGGCUGCCUGCAUUACUUAUUUUCCAAGGUGGAGCACCUUCAUUGGUUGGUUUCUUGAGUUGGUUCAUUGAACAUAUUAUAUCUAUUUAUAUUUCUCUCUAUAUAUAUAAAGAUAGUGUAAUUUAUAUUUCAUAUUUUCCAAAGAGCCUAAAGGCACUGUAUAAGCUAAGAAAUGGGAUGGCUCCAUUCCUUCUUCUCUCCUUUGAAGAAACUAUGGUUUAGCGUCAAUUCUGCUCAAAAGAAGAGAAGAGGGAUAUACAUCUUAUAUGAGGACGUGAAGUCAUGUCCAUACGAAGAUGUGCAUGUUUUGUGGUCUAUACUUGUGGAGUCUCAUCCACACACUUUGCAACUCAAACAGUGAUGAAUCCAUUACAUACUUCUCUUUUUGGUUUGGAGGGUUCAUGCAUCGAGAAUUAAUGUUCAUGCUCAAAGGUCGAAAACGAAGAAGAAAGUUCUGAUAUAUCAGCAUGAUUAUUCGUAUAUCUGUUUUUUUCUCUCCUCACUUGUACAUAUAAUAUAAAUACACACGAGACUCUAUCUUUCCCAUACGGUUCUUGUUACGUAUACACGAUUUUUCUCUCUUCAAGUCAUAUUCUUGAUAUUGGUAUAGAGAUGUGGACAGUGGUUAGAGUUUUGAGUAAA